AUGCGUAUUGUUGUUGUUGUUGAUGACGGGUUAGCUUCAUUAGCCGAGUAGACUGGGUGGCUUGGUCCGUCUAACCUUUAACUUACUGCCUUACUUCUAGUUGGUAAACUAGUCUGCUGUUGCCAGUCUUUCUUUACACCACCAUGCUGCAGUUCCUGGCUGGGUUUACCUUGGGAAACGUUGUGGGGAUGUACCUUGCUCAAAACUACGAGGUUCCCAACAUAGCCAAGAAAUUCGACACCUUUAAGAAAGACGUGGAGGCCAAGAAGAAGCCCCCAGAGUGAGGAAACGGGACCAUGUCGCAAGCAAGAACAGAAGCAAUCUGGAGAGAAACUAUUUAUUUUACAGGGUUGUGGUACAAUGAGUGUACAUUUGCUAAAAGGAUUGAUCAUGUAAAAUAUGUAUGAGAGUAUUAACAGUGCCUGGAAUAGCAUUUCUUCCCUUAGUUUUAUAGGCAUGUUCUCAUUGUGGCCUAUUUUUAUAAUAUAAAUUGCGCAAAGGCUGGAUUUAAAGAAUAUUACAACUGACUAGUGGGAUCACUUUAAGUCCAGUAUCAUGGCACUGUUGGCUGGCCUUUUCUAGGAUGCACUGUGGUGUUUUAACUUGCACAUUACAUUCAUUAUCUUCACAAUAGGUAUAUAAUUAUGUUCUCUAAAGUGAAUAUUAAUAGAGUGUGAAAUUGCUCUCUUCUGUUGUAUUCCAUAAAGAUUUUCCUUCAUAAGCUUCCAGUGUAUCAAUAACUGCCAAAUUUUGACAUUGGUGCAAUUCUGAAUCAUUCAGCUUACAAUAAAGUUGCUGUUUAUGAAUCUUAAA